ACUAAGUAGCCAGGCAUGACUGGAUACCAGUCCGACCAGGUACCCAGUGGUGCACACCUAGUCUCGACACCUAAGAUUCGUGAUAGUGGAGAAGCAACUGAUUACCUGCAGCAAGCAAUGUCGUUUCACUUCGUAUGACUCUCCCUUUAGUCAUGGGAAAAAUAAUUUUUUUCGCAAAAAAGCCUUCCUCUCGUGAAGAAAAACCACCUCGAAAUUUCAAAAACUAAUAUCGGAUUCGGAUUCCUUGACCCCGAUUACCUUUGGUCAAACUUGAUUAAUUACACUAAUACAUGCCGACACGUGACUAAACAGUUGCAUCUCAUUACGCAUUGACGACCACAAACUCAUUUUAUUUUAUAUGACUCUUCCUUCGUCAGUAAAGAAAACAGAACAGAACCAGUAAAAAUGAAUCUAAAUUUUAACGAAGAAAAAAUCAUAAAAAGCGCAGCCUUAUUGUAUUUUUUUCCUUCAAAUCUACCAAUGCGUAUUAUUUUGUUGAAAACUUUAACGCGUUAAAAUACGUAGAAGUUUGCAACGAAAUAAAACACAUUCAUAAACUUUAACGACAACAAAAUCGUAAAAAGGCGCACUAUUGUUUGAUUUUUUUCAUCAAAAUUUAUCAAUGCGUUUUAUUUCGUGUAAGCUUUUAACGCGUUAAAAUGCGUUAAAAUUUGAACCGAAAUAAAAGGCAUUGAUAAGCUUUAACAAAAAAAACAUCUGAAAAAAGUGCAAUUUUUACGAUGAUUUUUUUGUUAAAUUUUUGCAGCAUUUGUAUGUGCUUUUUUUCGGUGUUUAUCUAAUUAACUGAAUAGCUCUUCAAGAGUCUAUUGACAUUAUAUUUACGCACAAGGGUUGACUAUUCUGUCGUUAUUUUUACACUGUAGGAUCUUCAAGGUGAGAGAGAAAAAGUUUCAAUCGAUGAACUCGGGCCAGACAGUUUUAUACAGUUGUAGUGGUUUUAUUGUGAAUCCACCCGUAAAUAUACGACAGUAACAGAUAAAAUCUCAUUCACUUUUUGAUUGAUGGAACCCUGAUUUAUGAAGUGUAGAUCCACUUAUUUCAGUAUAGUUUUAACUGCUGAUAGUAUGGUUAACGAUGAUUAUUCAAUAUCGUGUUCAGCUCCAUACUGAGUUCUUUUUAGAUGGAAUUUAUUUCUGCUCCAAAUCAAACAACGAAUUCGUUAAUUUCAAAACUGAAGAGCUUGCGCUUACCAUGUUUCGUCAUCAUCUUAUUAUUUAGUUUUGUCAUGAGUUACCCUUACUUGAACAAUUUCUACGGUCGCUACAUAUUGCCCAAAGGUGCUAUUAUGAAGCUGAAUGACAUACCAAAUGACAUGAAAACAAGAUUGAGUGCAUCCAGUUUGGAGUAUUUUGAUGACGUUAAUAGCAUUCCUGGCACAACUGGGCCAGGAAUCCCGAGGACAAUACGAUCAGUUCUAUCAACAAAAUAUGGCGGCGUGAAUACUAGCGCUACAAGGUCUUACGGUGCCGCGACAGGUAAUUGCAGUUUAUUAUAUAUGUGACAUUUAUUUGCGCAACUGUAGGUAAUAUUUUCACGACUUGUUUGAGAGUAAGGAAGGCUGUUUUGACCGGUUCUUGGUUUUUUUCGAAACCUCUGUUGCUGCUGCAAUCUCGUUUGGUGUUCUGACGCUUAUGAUGUCUUUUUAAAAACUGCUUUCUGUUUACAAAUGAUCAUAUGGAUGCUUGUAUGCACUCCUGCUGUUCUCAGAUGAUACGAGAUAACGAACAAAUAUUAUAAGAGAACAAUGACAGAAUUCAAAUGAAUGAUGAAAUACAUGAGGGAAAAUCUGGAAGAAAGGAGAAUAUUAACUCUGACUGGUUUUCUCCUUCUUCCUGCGUUCCACAAUCUGUUUCAGUGAAUUCAUAGUUCUCUUAUGAUCUGUGUUCCUUUUGACACACGAAUCAAUCGUAGCACAAAGGCAAACAAACAUGCACACAAUCAUUUUCAACAAGUAGCCAAUUGCAAGAAGACAUGUUUGAUAAUCAAAAUAGAGCUAAUGUACUUGUCCGUCAGGAAUAUAUUAUUUUGACUGCAGUUCUGACUGCUGAUGGAUAGGAAGGAAACGUUAAGAAAAAAAUCAGAAAAAUGACGGUACAAAUGUGUCCUCUAAUAAGUGAAACACAGAUGCAUUUUCUCUACAACAAAGAGUCUUUCAUUUUAGCCGUUAAACGAUUUGAAGAAGAGUGCGGUUGGAACUCAACUACCUCGAAUUUCGUCCAUCCUAACUGCACCAAUCAAUUUCAUUUCAUUCGAAAGGCACCACAAUUCAAUUUAAGUAACUAUUAUAAUGAGAUCGAUAUUGUAAUACCGUCCAUACGUGACCUUGACUUUCUUGAACAUUGGAAAUCUUUCUUUCAACAUUUUCAUCUGAUCAUCAUACAAGAUGGUGAUCCAGAUAAGUUUUUACGAAUUCCGAUAUGGGCUGACUAUGAACUGUACAAUAGACGCGAUAUAGAGGCGUCAUUGGGGAAAGACAAACAAUGGAUCAUUAGCUCGCAAGAUGCAUCGAUUCGAAACUUCGGCUUUCUUGUCUCGAAUAAAACUUUCAUUUACACAAUUGACGAUGACUGUUUGCCAGUUGAGAAUACCGACGGAAAUUACACCAAUGCCUUACAAAGACACAUUCAGAACCUUGUUACCAACUCAACUCCGUAUUUUUUCAAUACUCUGUAUGAUCCUUAUCGUGAAGGUUCCGAUUUUGUUCGUGGAUAUCCAUUUAGUUUGCGAAGAGGUGUACCAACCGCAAUUUCUCAUGGCAUUUGGCUUAAUGCUCCUGACUAUGAUGCGCCCACUCAAUUACUCAAGGUUGACGAACGUAAUACACUUCUCGCCGAUAUAACUAUAACGGUACCUGCUGGUGUUCUCUAUCCAAUGUGUUCUAUGAAUGUAGCUUUCAAUCGCAAGCUGAUUGGACCGGCUUUCAUGCAAGGUCUUAUGGGCUAUGGCAUGCCAUGGGGACGAUACGAUGAUAUGUUUGCUGGGUGGGCAAGUAAGGUGAUAGCAGAUCACCUGGGUCUUGGUGUCAAAACAGGAGCACCUUAUAUUCGACACAAUAAAGCUUCGAAUCCAUUCAACAACCUUAAGAAGGAAUACAUGGGACUGUUCUGGCAAGAAGAUGUUAUUGCUUUCUUUCAAAAUGUGCGAUUUUCAUCAUCUGCAAAAACUCCCCAAGCAUGCUACUUAGAAUUGGCUGAAAUGAUUCGUGAAAAUCUGAGCUAUUUAAAUGAAUACUUUAGUCGACUAGCUACAGCCAUGGAAAUUUGGAUUGAACAAUGGAAUCGAGCUCAAAAUGGUGAAAUUAGUUUUAGACCCAGUCGAAAAAAACGACGAAAUAGUGUUGAUAGUCCAUAUGCUGUACUAACUAUUUGUCGUAAUGAGCCCGGUUACUUACCCAUUUGGCUAAAAUACUAUCGCCGCUAUUUCGCCGGUGACGAUAUUUACAUUUUGGAUAACGAUAGUGACGAUGGAUCGACAUCAAAUCUGUCUGUGAAUGUUAUUCGUGUUCACUCCGAAAAAUAUUUUGAUCAUUAUUGGCUAGUUGGAACUGUUCAAAAUUAUACACGAAACGUACUCGAAAGUGGUUACAAAUACGUU